AUGCCCCAACCAUCGCCCUCAAGAACAGGUUACCUGGAGCCAGCAACGCAGGAUCUGAUUCACCAUUGGAUUCUUGAGCUAGAAGCUCAGGACGUCAUUUCCGGACCUCAGGGUAGAGCAGCUGGAUCUCAUCAAGAUCUGCCAGACAAGGGCCCCGAUGUUCAACCCAUUUCAACGGAGACUAUGACUCCUAAGCGAACAGGCAAGCUUGGAUACGAACGUCAGCCGCGUUAUAAGACCAAAGAAGAUCGCUACGAGUACAAGGGCUCUAAUGGUGGAAAUAUGUGCAAGAAAUCAUCGGUCAAGAAGAUAAGGUCAUCAAAAAAGGCCAGAAAGCAUACAAUCAAUGGCAACUUCCAUGCCCCCAAUGUCUCCCGAGAUCGAUUGACUGUAAGCGACAAUUUCGAACUUAAUACAAAGGCUCAUGCUGAUUCUACACCUAGCUACGUGGACGCCUGGACUUGGGACUUUUCCACAGAGGGAAAACCUCGUCACCCGUGA